UACAUAAUUAUAACAUACCGAAUCCCGACGAGUUUCUUGAGCAGUAAACCAACUCCAAACCAACUGAGAAAACGACUAAUAAACACUAAUUUUUGUACUAAUUUUCUGUAAAGUAGCAAUAGGGGAAGUGGAGGUCAGUAUUUAUAGAAAAUUUUUUUUGCAAUCACCGCCUUGGACAAAAACAGUGAUGUGUUCACCGCCAUAGUCCUCAGCGGUGAUUGCUUGGUAGCUGUGACCUAAUUUCCACCUACCAGGCCGGUAAAACGUGUCAAUUAUCAUCGCUUUACACAUCAGCGAUGAUAUCAUCGCUUUACACAUCAGCGGUGAUAAGGUCGAGUUUCACCGCUUUUAACCAAGACAGUGAUGCAAUCACCGUUUUGGUCCAAAACGGUGAAGGGUUCAUCGCUUUUGUCCAAGACAGUGAUAGCAUCACUGUUUUGGUCCAAAGCGAUGAUGCUAUCACCGUUUUGGUCAAAAACGGUGAUUGCUUUCACUGUCUUGGUUUGCAGCGGUGAUAACCAAACUGCUGUAUUUUGGGAAAUAAUUUUAUAAGUACUGUAUUUUGGGAAUUUUUUUUAAUAAUUAGUGUAUUAUGGGAUUUUUUCCUAGCAUGCCAGUAAUGAUUAUGGUUACAGAAAAACAGAAAGGAUGGAGAGGGGGAAAAGAGAGGGAGAGGUAAUGCUCAGGCUUUCUUCAUUUUUUUUUUUUUUGGCUAUGGAAUUUUGUUUUUGUUUUUAUCUGUGGUGUUAUAUGAAAUUAUUUUUUAAUAAAUUAGUUUCUGUUUUCGUUCUGUCUCUUUUAUUUUGUUCAGUCUCUUUUAUUUCACAAAAGUUUCAUUGCUCAUGACUUGAUUUCUUCAAUUCUCCUGCUCUUUAAUUUUUUUCUUAGUUCUUUGUGGUUUCUUUUUGUCUACUAACCUAACAUUCCUAUGGUUUUGUUGCUUGCUCCUCAUCAUUCGCAAGAAACAGAAUGCUUGGCAUUCCUAUAUUUAGAAAUUUUGCUUUAGAUAAUCGGGAUCUCUCUUUCACCGACUUAUUUUUCGUAACUUUUAGAUUAUUAUUCUAAUGAUAUAUGACUGAAUUGAGUGUCACAGAUUAUGAGUUACGAUAUAGGAGCUAUGAUCACCACAAAAUUGGUACACUUUAAGAGAAUGUCCUUGGAGAGAAUGUCCUUGGAGGAGGAAUGAUACGUCGAUUUAAAUACAUAAUAUGCAUUGUGAAAGUUGAGGCAAGAAACUUUUUAUGACUCAUUCUCUUUGUAAUUGGGGUGCACAAAAACUACGGAUGGAUAAUUUAAUAAUUAGCAAGUGGAGUUGUUUGUCGCUCAAAACAUCAAAUGAGAAAAAUUGACUUGUCCUUCACCUAUAGUCAAAAAUUGCAAGAAUUUAACCGGCCAGGGUAUUCAAUUCAUACAGCUCAAGUUUGCAUCACCAAAGAAUCAAAUACAAAUUCUGAACUGCUUCUAAAAGUUUGAAGCUGGCAAGCAUUUUACAUAUAAGCUGUCCACUCUUCACAGACAUGAAAAGCUCUACAGAACGAGCCUUGCUUCUGAGAACAAGGCAAAAUGACCUAUAUUAUCAUGAGUUUCUUGUCGUAAAUCACCUUGGAACUGACAGCCCGAGCUCUAUUGCAGAGAAAAACAAAUACUUGAAUUAGGU